AUGACACCCUGGAUCCUUCUCUUUCUAUUGGUACCAGCCUAUACACUAGAGAAUUGGCCCUCGUUGUCUUCCAUAUUAACUGUGGUUCAAAGAUCUCAUAGAGACGUAUCCAAAGAUGUCCCUAAUGAUCAAAUUGGUACCUUUGGUGUUUCUCUUGGAACCCAGCUCUUUGCUAGAAAAGAUUAUAGCCCUGAUGCUUUGGUCGAUUUUAGAAACCUCCUUAAUGUUGGUACACAAACUUUAAUGGUGGAUUUAUAUUGGAAUGGUGCUACUCAGAUAUGGCAGUUGUGUCCUGCUCCUUACCCGGCUAAUACUACCUAUACUGAUGAUACGAUUCGCCUUGAAUGGAAGGGUAAAACUUAUAAUUGUGAUCCGUCACUUACCAUGGCUUUGAUGGUGAAAUCUAUGGUAUCUUACUUCGGCGAUACAAACAAUGUCUUACUGGUGAACAUCAUCAAUUUAAUAAUCAAUUUGAAGGAAAUUGACUUCAGUACAUCCAAUAACGGUACUGUUGCCUCCAAGGGAGAUCUUUCGAAAUACAUACCUCAAACAGGCUCGAUAAAUACUUAUGGUAAUUCUACAUUGGUUGAUACCUUUGCGGAAUUCGGAACUUUGGCUUUCACUCCACUUGAUCAAGAUAUCUUCAAUGGUCUACGUGAUGAUAGUUUUUAUAAUAUUUCAGGUACCUCUACACCUUCUGUCUACUACCUAGCUUGGCUUGAUCUUAAUAGAGUUGCAGUGCGUAUCGCAGGUAACGAGGUCAAGGACAAUUGGUACAGCUAUAACAUAACUGAGACAGACAAAUCUGUCAUCUUCUUCCCGGAAAAUCCUAAUGCCAUGAUGGUAGCAAGUGUGACCAAUGAAACCGUAUUAAACGAAUGUACGACGUUAUUGAAUAAUAUGGGGAACAUUCAAACGUCUCAGCUUGUGGAUAUGGCUACUAAACAACAUUUCAAGUUUAUACUUGAUGAUGAUACUGACAGUUUUAAUAAUGAUUCCUAUACUCGGUUCAUUAGUUGCGGAUAUAGUCCUAUACUUAAUGCAAAGGAGUAUUCGAUUAGUAAUUUCACUACUGGUGAAGAUGUUCGUUCACAAGAUUUAGGGGCUAUAAUCAACAACUUUUUAGCCCGUACAUUUCUCCUCACAGAAUUAACUGACGUUGAUGAUGAAGAAUCAAUGAAAGCUGCUACAAGAUGUGUUGUAUUCGUAAGUGAUCUGUUGUCCAAAGUGGCCAAUUGUUACAAUCAAUAUCCUUACGCUUGUCAGAAUAUAUCCAAUCCUGUCGAUUGGUUUAUAGGAGAUGAUGAGAGAGAGUAUUUCGAUGCCUAUUCGGAUGCUUGUCCUGAAGGUUAUCAAUUCAGUGUACCUCAUCUGUUGGUUGAGUUGAUCAGUAUGAGAAAUGAAAUUCAUAAAAAGAAUAUCUCGUAUCCAGUAUGGGUUGACAUCAAUGAUAUCACGGUUAAUCUGUGCUUCGUUUCAGGAGGACCAUAUGCUAAUUGUCCUUAUCAAGAGACUGUUAGUAAGCAAAAAUUGGUUGGACUCAUUGCUCCUAGUUUUGUUGUUGGUGCUGUGAUUUUGGUGUUGAUGUUUUUGGAGAGGUUCUUUAGAACUAAUCCUAUUCAAACUCGUAGGAAAACUUAUUGGAGACGAAGAGUCCUUGAGUUCAAUAAACUACAUGAAUAUGAAGGUGUUCCAUCGUGA